UCACUUGAGGCGACAUUUGACGACAAGCGAAGAAGACGGGCUCACUACUAUGGCACACCUAACGACCGCGGAGCGUCAGUUACCCGACGUUAACGGUUAAUGUAUUUUCAACUUUGCUCGUUCAGUUGUUGUUGUUUUUUUUUAGCGCCGGGCUGCUGUCAAGUACAGGCAACAGUUCACCACAGUUAACGGCGAGGGGACGGAAUACGAAAGCGGAAGAACUUUCCGUAGUUAGCUUGACAAGUAGCUGGUGUAACGCUGCACGGUAGCGGCCAGCAGGCUAGCUGCUCCCUCUCCUGUCGUUUCCCGGAGCUCCUCGAGAUUUCACGGCGUCAACGAGAAUACCUGGUAGUUAACAGUUAGCUGGUUGUCUUUCAAACGCCCAGAGGCAGUUUGUACCACCGCCGAGGCGUAGGCAGGGCGGACUGGACUUGGAGCAGUGACAGGUCGGAACUAACCCGUAGCUGAGGUUGGUGCUACGCUGCGGCGAGCUGUGUUUGAGCCGGCUGGAGACACUCACACAUCAGUGACUGUGUGAUGAGCUGAGAGGGAGCUGGUCAUACUGAGUCUCUGCGAAAUGGUCGUGGAGCUGUAACAUAGCCAAAGCUUUAAAAUAAGAUAUCUCAGUCCGGCUCACAAGGAGGGUCAACCUUUCGCUUUGCCAAAAACAAAACAAAAAGCACCCGUGAAGACUGCAGAAAUGCUGACUGACAACAGGAAACGACACCGUAGCUGUGACAGUGAGGAGGACCAGCAGCUGAGUCCCCAGGCCAAGAGGUCAGGAGGGGGUCCCAGCCUGCUUGUUUCGGAUUUGGACUCAGAGUCUUCCAGCAGUGACAGCAGUAACGGGAUCAGCAGUCCAGAGAGAGCAAUAGUGGCCACCACCAGGCCAUGCAUACACAGCCAGAACAACCGCAUCACCCAGCACUCCCUCAGCCCAAAGCCUGAAGACUCUGCUAGCUCCUUGCAGCAUGGUUUCCAUGGCGACGGCAGCAGUGUCUCCUAUGACUACAUCAACAGAGUCCUGAGGGAGGCGCACUUCAGCAGUCUGCAGACCAGAGGGCGUCCAGGCUCAACAUGACCGUGACCUCUGACCCCUCUCCUGACCUUUGGUCCCUCGCCCAUCAGUGCUGACACUGCUGGCACGGUGGCUCCUCCUUGAAAGCCUCAAGCGACACACUCGGGUCAGGGGGGAAGGGGAUGACGUGUGGGGAGGUUUACAGAUUUUGGGCGCAAAGGCUCAUCCCCACCUCACUAUGUACCAUUUGUCAAGACCAUAAGCACAUCCGCCUUUCCAUGGCCCAGCCACUGUGGUUUUCUGUGCAGUAUUGAUGUGUAUGUGUGUUUGUGUGUGUGCACGCACCCUGUGCACUUUAUAAAGAGGUAUCGUUCUCUUUACAUGCGUGCGUUGAUGCGUGGACAUUUUCAUUGGUGCUAAUCACAAGAAAAGUGUGAUGAAGAUGAUCCAAAGUGCUUGCAAAACUAAAUAAAGCUAAGCACUUUACUCAAUAACUCCUCAUUCUGUUUACUCUCGACUGGGGAAGUCAGUCGCAUGUUUGUAUUUGUGAAGAGGGAGUUGUAGUGAUCCCAUUCACAAAAGAAGUUCAUGGAGGCCAACGGAUUCACUCCCAAGGAGCAUUAUUAAAACAAACAAGUAAAAUAACAUUUUAGGCCUUAUUUGUUUUCUUUAACCAAAGUGGUAAAUACUGUAUCUGCAGUUACUUUCACUAUCUAAAUUAAUCUAUGUUUUGGUGUGGCAGGUCAGUAGGUUCAAGGUAAUGGAACAGAGAUUCCUCAUGAGCCUCACCACCAAAGUCCAACCUCAGAUUAGACCCAGGCUAAUUAUAGAGUUGUGAGAGCAGGCAGUGGAGUCUGCAGCUCAGGCAGCGUCAUGCUCAGCACAGUAAUUCUAACAAAAACAGCCUCAAGGAAACACUCUAAAUCAAUUUGUAACCAUGUGUUUACUUCUGUAACAUUUUACACAUCGUGUGUUUCGUAAGCCUGUCAGCCAUACUUGUUUCUGUAUGGUUUAAUAAGACCAGCACACUGUGUUGCAAAUAAAAUGAGAUGUGAAAGUGAUUAAUAUUUUAUGUAAUUUUCCAAAUCAUUUGACAUUGAAAUAAAGCGUUGCUGAAA